UUCAAUCCUUUUUCUUCCACAGUUCUGCAAAUUCCGGAAUUCCAUUUCCUGGAAGGAAAAGAAAAGUAAAGAAAAGAAAAGAAAAUCCCAAAUCCCAUGCCUCAAAUGAAAAAGAAAAUCCUCUCUUCGCACUCUGUUUCCGUGACAUAACGUAAAGACAGAGAGGGAAAUUCCCCAACUUUUAUCUUUCAGUGUCUAUGGGGCUAAAAUCACAUCAAUCGCUACCUUAAAAGCCAAGCAAGAAUAACAGAACACAGCCCAAUCUCGGAAAUUAAAGAUUAAAGAAAGCGACCACCACCACCACCACCACCACUACCACCAUCAAACCCCACGCUAAAGUCUUCUUCUUUAGCCCACCAACUUAUUUUAUUCCCACUCAUGUCUCACAUCUUCAGGGACAAAUCCCUUGGCAACUCUAAGAGACACACUCAACCACCGCUAGUAGUCAUGCCUAUUUACCCUAUUCAAGACCUUCACUCUCCUUUUUCUGAUGCCGCUACCUUCUUGUCUGAUUCCGAGCUUCGAGAAUCCGCCUAUGAGAUUCUAAUUGGGGCUUGCCGGAGUUCCGGAAGCAGGCCCUUGACUUAUAUCCCCCAGUCAGAGAGGAACGCUGAUAGGGCUUCGGCUCCUGCUCUGACGCCGUCGCCUUCUCUGCAGCGGUCGUUGACGUCAACGGCCGCCAGUAAAGUCAAGAAGGCGCUGGGGAUGAAGUCGGGUUCGACGAAGAGGAGAAGCGAUGGUGGUGAGUCAGUGAUUGAAGGGAAGGCCAAGAAAACGGUGACUGUUGGAGAGUUGGUUAGAGUUCAGAUGAGGGUAUCUGAGCAGACCGAUUCGAGGAUUAGGCGAGCGUUGUUGAGGAUUGCUGCUGGUCAGCUUGGAAGGCGCAUAGAGUCAAUGGUUCUGCCACUGGAGCUAUUGCAGCAGCUCAAGUCUUUGGAUUUUCCCAGUCGACAAGAAUAUGAAGCUUGGCAGAGGAGAAAUUUGAAGCUUCUAGAAGCUGGACUGCUUUUGCAUCCUCACUUGCCACUGGAUAAGACUGACAGAGCUCCUCGACGGCUCCAGCAGAUUAUUCGUGGGACAUUAGAAAAACCCAUUGAAACUGGAAAAAACAGUGAAUCUAUGCAAGAUCUCCGAAGUUUAGUUAUGUCUCUUGCUUGCAGAUCAUUUGACGGAUCAGUUACUGAAAAAUGCCACUGGGCAGAUGGGUUUCCCUUAAAUUUGAGACUCUACCAAAUACUCUUAGAAGCUUGUUUUGAUGUUAAUGAUGAAUCAAUUGUUAUUGAAGAAAUUGAUGAGGUUUUAGAACUCAUAAAGAAGACUUGGGUAGUCCUUGGAAUGAACCAGAUGUUGCAUAAUCUCUGUUUUUUGUGGGUUUUAUUUCACCACUAUGUUGCAACUGGCCAAGUUGAGGAUGACCUAUUGUUUGCUGCCAAUAAUCUGUUGAUGGAAGUUGAAAAAGAUGCAAAGACAAGUAAGGACUCGGAUUAUUCCAAGAUUUUGAGUUCCACAUUAAGUUCUAUAUUGGAUUGGGCAGAGAAAAGGCUUCUCUCUUACCAUGAUAGUUUUCAUAGUGAUAAUAUAGAAUCCAUGCAAAGCGUUGCUUCUGUGGCUGUUGUGGCAGCAAAAAUACUGGUAGAAGAUAUCUCCCAUGAGUAUCGUAGGAAAAGGAAAGAAGUUGAUAUAGCCCGUGAUAGGAUUGAAACUUACAUUAGAUCAUCACUGCGAGCAGCUUUUUGUCAGAAAUUGGAAAAGUUUAACUCAAGCAAGCAUUUGAGACACCAGCAGAAUCCCCUUCCUGUCCUGUCCAUCCUUGCACAAGACAUUUGUGAACUGGCUUUUAACGAGAAGGCAAUAUUUAGUCCAAUACUUAAGAGAUGGCAUCCUCUCGCAGCAGGUGUAGCAGUAGCCACCCUUCAUUCUUGCUAUGGGAAUGAACUCAAGCAAUUUGUUUCGGGUAUUAGUGAAUUGACACCUGAUGCAAUACAAGUGCUGAGUGCUGCUGACAAAUUGGAGAAAGAUCUUGUGCAGAUUGCAGUUGGAGAUUCUGUGGACAGUGAGGAUGGUGGAAAGUCAAUAAUUCAAGAGAUGCCUCCUUAUGAGGCUGAAGCUUUAAUCGCCAAUCUUGUUAAGUCAUGGAUAAGGACAAGAAUUGACAGGCUGAAGGAAUGGGUAGAUAGGAAUUUGCAACAAGAGGCAUGGAAUCCACAGGCAAACAAAGAGAGAUUUGCUCCUUCUGCCGUUGACGUUUUACGAAUUGUAGAUGAAACUUUGGAUGCAUUCUUCCUGUUGCCGAUACCUAUGCAUCCGACCUUGCUUCCUGACUUGAUCACUGGGCUUGACAGAUGUCUUCAAAAUUAUGUAUUGAAGACUAAAUCUGGCUGUGGGGCCCGAAGUACUUUCACACCUACUAUGCCUGCAUUGACUAGAUGUACAGCAGGAUCAAAAUUUCAUGUAUUUAAAAAGAAGGAGAAGUCUCGUGUAGCCCAGCGAAGGAAAUCUCAGGUUGGAUCUACUAAUGGGGAUGCCUCCAGUGGGGUACCCCAGCUAUGUGUACGUAUUAAUACUUUGCAGCAUGUUCGCAUGCAAUUGGAAGUUUUGGAAAAGAAGACAGUUGUUCAACUGAGGAAUUCUAAAUCAAGUUAUGUGGAUGAUUUUGCUAAUGGAUUGGGGAAAAAGUUUGAGCUUUCAGCAGCUGCAUGUGUUGAAGGGAUCCAACAACUCUGUGAGGCAACAGCAUAUAAGGUUGUCUUCCAUGACCUAAGUCAUGUUCUUUGGGAUGGACUAUAUGUUGGAGAAGUUUCAUCUUCGAGGAUUGAGCCUUUUCUUCAGGAACUUGAGCAGUAUUUGGAAAUUAUUUCAUCUACAGUGCAUGACAGGGUUAGAACACGCGUUAUCACUGAUGUGAUGAAAGCAUCCUUUGAAGGGUUUCUGCUGGUUUUGCUUGCUGGAGGUCCUUCUCGGGCUUUCACUCUGCAGGAUUCUGAAAUGAUUGAGGAUGAUUUUAAAUUUCUCACAGAUCUGUUCUGGUCUAAUGGUGAUGGAUUGCCAACUGAGUUAAUAGAUAAGUUUUCAACAACAGUUAAAGGUGUCCUCCCCCUAUUUCGUACUGACACUGAGAGUCUAGUUGAGCGAUUCAGAAGUCUUACUCUGGAGAGUUACGGCUCUUCUGGUAAAUCCAGGUUUCCAUUGCCUCCGACUUCAGGCCGGUGGAAUCCUACUGAAACAAAUACACUAUUGCGAGUUUUGUGUUAUCGGAGUGAUGAAACUGCUGCAAAGUUCCUGAAGAAGACUUACAACUUGCCUAAGAAACUAUAACCACCAUAGAUAUAUGAAGAAAUGCUGUGAAACGAUUGUUGUGGCUUUGGUAGUAUGUAUUUUAUCUUGGCAUCAUAGGCUCCAAUGACACGGUUUUGUUUGGGGGAGCAUUUAUUGGAGUGACUGUACCCAUAGAUUGGAUAAUUUACUAAUUAUUUGGUGCUAAGCAAGGAGUCCUCCAUUGAGAUGACACAAUGAGAGAUUUGAUGGACAUGGUGAGACUGGCUUGGCUUGGCUUUUUUUUUUUAAAUAAAAAAAUCUUAUACUCAUCCUCGUACAUCUUCCGCUGUGGAAACUGACUGCUGGGAACAAAGAUAAAUAUUUAAUAAUUAAUUGUGAUAAAUUUGAGAGCUGUGUGAUAAAUUUGAGAGAUGUUGUUUUCGAGUUUCUAGAUUGACAGAUUGAGUAGAAUUUGUAUCUUGUAGUUUUGUUUCAAAGGAUCAAAUUAAGUCUUCUAUUUAUAGCCUAAUCGUUCAUGGGAAUAUAAUCUGACGUUGUGAUGCUUCUUGAUA